CCAAAUAUGUCUCAUUUAUAUUUUUAAAAUAAUAUUAUGCAUCAUAAAUUAUUUAAAUACUAAUUGUUAUCAAAUAAGAUCAUAUGAAAAAUUAAAGUUUAUGAACUAAAUGAUUUAUACCCAAACUAGAGCUUACCUCGCGAGCUGAUUGAUGAGCCAAACUCGAGUAGAGCUCGUGAGCUCAUUAACAAGUCAAACUUGAGUCAAGCUCGAGUAAAACACUAACUCUAGUAAACAAGUGAGCUCGACUCAUUUAUUAACGAGCUGAAAUUUUCUUUUUUCCGUCGUUGCUUUUGGUUGUAUUUUUCUGACCUUUUCGAUUUUACCGCCUGACUAACUGUUCACACGGGGACUCACUGAUCGAGGCGCGCACAGUGCCGAGGCUUAGCGUUAACUAGCGGCGCGGCAUCGAGUCCAAGCAAAUCCUUUCACUCGCCACGUGUCGUACGGCAAUUCGUGCUCUCUAGGCAACCAAUCUCAUCUCAUCAUCACCAAAACCCUUUUCUUCUUCCUUGUUGAUCGCCUGCCGUCCGGAGGUCACGGGGCGGAUCUAAAACAAAAUUCCAAUCCUCCUCAUUCCGUUCCACCACCAACGGCCUCCCAAAUUCAAUUUUAUCCUAUAUAUGCAGGAAAGAUAAGAACUUUUAUCCUUCUUUCGCAUUUUUAUUACAUGCCUGCGAAAUCCGAUUUCAAUUGCUCCGGUGGUUGAGAUCCGACGAGCUAAGUUUCGUCGGGUUUCGUCCAUUCCAGUCAAGCCAGAUCCUGCACCAAACAAGAAAAAAAAGGAAGAAGAUGAAGGGGUCCUGCACUCUCGUGGCUUCAAUGAUCGCUGCCUCCACCGUGGCCCUCUCCUCUUCCUCGGCCGCGCCGCCGAACUCUGCCGGCGACCGUGAGGUCGUGGCUGUACAUCCCACCGUCAACCAGGGAUCGAGGUUAUCUUCGGCGCGGGAACAAGAACAAGAGGAGAAGCAGGGGAAAUUCGUUCCUCGAUUUGACGGGUUGAGGUUUAUAGAGACAUUGGUCACCGCUCACAGAUGAAACUCUCUGCAGCAACAAUGAGUGCUUAGGGAAUUAGUUUUAGUUUACUAGGUUUGAAUCUCCUGCAAUCCUCCAUUACGGAUCUCUUUCUCUCUGUUAUUGGUCCUGAUUCCUGAAUUCUAUUGGUUUUUGUUUGCUUCACGAUUUAUAGGUUUGGUUCUGGUUUCUCUCUGUUUUUUUGCCAUGAGAUCAGUCUAGACCAUAUGUGUGUAAUGUGGGGAAGCCAGCUUCUCCACACCACAAUCUUCAGAUAAUGAGAUUGCAUCAUCGAUUUUUCUUUACAAAUAUAUUGUCUGCUGUGUUAUGUGGAGGACGAAAAGCGCAGCUCUUGAAGCUUUGUCAGGGGAUUAAAUGGUGAAGGAAUUA